AUGGGGUUUCCUACAGUGUCCACCCCUUAUCAUCCUCAAACUAAUGGUUUGGCUGAAGUAUCAAAUCAAGAGAUCAAACGCAUCUUGGAAUGGAUUGUCAAGCCGUCCAACAGAGACUGGAGCUUGCGACUAGAUUAUACACAGUGGGCCUAUCGUAUUGGCCACAAGACCCCAAUUGGUAUGUCUCCGUAUCAGAUCAUCUAUGGUAAGUCUUGCCACAUUCCGGUAGAGCUGGAGCAUCAAUCAUAUUGGGCAGUUAAGAGCUGCAAUGCUGAUUUGGAGGAAGCUGGCCUAAAUCGACUCCUUCAAAUUCAAGAACUUGAAGAAAUAUGGUUAGACGCCUAUAACAGUUCAAACAUCUACAAGCAGAAAACCAAGCUUAUGCCUCAUACCAAAAAACUCGAGUCUUCAGGCUCGAAGAAGAAGUUUCGCCCUCGUGAGGAGACUAGACUUCCAAGGAAGAAAGUUGUGGAAUUAUUUGCCAAUAGGGGGUAG